CAAAAACUCUGUUAUUAAUAUUAGGGGCUUUCUUUGCUCUUAGGCGGUCUUCGCUUGUUCUCUACAUUUCGGAUAAGAAAACACUUGAGGAAUUUGAGUCGGAGGAAUUCAGUCACAUUUUAAGAACAGUCACUGCACAACACUGAAAAAAAUGUACGUGCCGCUUCCUGUCUGCGAACAAGCCGUGUGUCAACCCGCACAUGGGAUCAGUAGGAGAGGUGAAAAGGAUUUGCCUUGAAAAUACGAGACAAUGUUGCGACCCACAGAGUGUACAAAUCCUGGCAACUCCGUUUUUUCAUGUCUCAUGAAUCCAGUCCCUACAUCUGCACCUGCAUCAACAUCUACGUCUGCAGCGGCUUCUACUAAACCACAGCACCUUUUCUUCAAGACAACAUCCAGCAACUACGGUCUCCUUCCUCCAACAUAUGAAUCUGCUCCCUGCACCUAUCACCCCCUGUCACAGGCAUUUUCUAGACACCUUGGAAAAUGUGGGAUGUAUCGUAACAACUCUUUCAACACAAGCCUGGAUAGAAGCAGAGUGUAUGACUACCCUAACUUACAGAACACACUCCAGUAACCACUG